AUGUCGAUAUUUCGACGAAUGUUUAAUCGAAAGGAUAAUACAGCAACACAAACGAUAUCAAAUACAACAGGAGUAAUAACAACAACAGCAACAACAACACAACAAUAUAAUGGUACUAAAAAUGGAAUUAAUGGUAAAAUUAGUACAUCGUUAUCGUCAUCAAUGAGUAGUUCAACUACAUUGGAUAAUAAUAAUAGCAAUAAUUAUCGACAAAUAUUAAAGCAUGACAAUGAAAUAAAAAAUAAUAACGAUAAUACCAAACGUAAUUUAUCCGUCUUACAAUUAACACCACUUUGGGAGCAUAUUAUAAAUACGCGUACUUUACCCGAUAAUAUUAAUUUAAAUAUAAUGUUUAAUGAAUUUUUAGAACGUUUACGUGAUCCUGAAUGGCAAGUAAGACAACAUGCUUUACGUGUACUCGUUGAUGUAUUAUUGGUUAUUGGUAAUAAAGCUGAUUCAUAUUUUAAUUUAUUAUUACCACAAUUAAUUGAAAAUCUUGGACAUUCAGCACCAACUGUACGUAAAGGUGCAUUAGAUUGUUUAAGAGUUUAUUUAAAUGAAACAUCAAUGCCAGAAUCUGUUUUAUUACAAAUACUGGAUAUUGGUUUAAAUCAACGUAUUACAAAUGAACCAUUUGGAGGACGUUUAACAUGUGGUGUUAUGCUAUCCUUACCGUCAUUGGUUCAAGCAACAAUGGGUUCAACAAAACGUAAUUUUAUAUUAAAAACAACAAUUGAUAUGUUAAUUAAUAAAAUGACACAAAUUACACAUCAAGAAAUAACAUUAAAAGUUUUAUUAAAAUUUAAAGAACUUUUGGGUGAAAAUGAAUUUAUACAAUAUAUAACACCAUCUGAAUAUCGUGAAUUUGAAUUACUUUGUAGUGUUUAUGGUAUAACUGGUAGUAAUCAUAUUAAUUAUCAAGUAAAUGGUAAUGAUUUUAAAAAAUCAUGGCAAAUAAUACCAUCAUUCGAUUCAGAUGAUAGAAAUUUUUUAUUAACACAAGAUUUAUUAUGGAAAUCAUCUGAUGAUGAAGAUAAUAAAGGAAUUGAUUUACCAAUACAAAAUGAUACAUCAUCAUUAUUUUCAUUUACUCCAAUACCAUCAUCAGAGAUUUUACAUAAAGAUGAACCAAAAAUUAUAUUAGAAACUGAAAUAAAAAUUAAUAAUGAAUCAGUAACAAUGAGAAUUCUUGAAGCAAAAGAUGAUAGUUUUCUUCAUGAUUGCCCAUAUCAUGAUGAUAAUAAACCACUUGCUAUUUGUGAAACAAGUACUAAUCCAACAAUAAAAGAAGAUUUAACAACUUUGGAUGAAAAAUCAGGAUUAAUGCACAUUUUAACUGAUAGUGAAUUGGAUGAAAUUAAUAAAAAUGUUAAGGAUGCUGACCCAAAUGUUUUAGGUACACCAAAACGUGUUACAUUUGGUGGUGAAAUCGUUAAAAUGAGAACUCCUGAUAGUGAUGGAACAACAAUAGCCAGUGAUAUUGAUGUAAUUGAUUUAAGUCAAAUAAGAAAUGAUAAUAGUUUUAAUGUAACACAAAAUAUGGUUAAUAAAAGUCAAUCUAUACAAGAUGUUCAAAAUUUCGAUACAAAUUCUGUUAAUAGACCGACGGAUGAUGGAAAAUUAAAACCAACUUCACCUAGAUCACCAUUUAAAAGAAUGACAAUAAGUCCAGUUGAUAAAAUAUUAAGUCCGAAAUCUGAACAUAAAGAAAUCGAAGUUUUACAUAAUUUACAACGUGAAUUAUCACCAAAUCGAACAAAAGAUAUUAAACCGAAAAUUAUUGAUAUAACACCGAAUGAAAACGAACAGAUAAGUGAUAUGAAAGAAUGUGAAACAAAAGCUCAAAAUACAAAUGUAAAUUCAUGGGAAGAUCUUGGUUUAGUAGAUAAUCAAACAUUACAAAAUUUACGAUCAGGGGAUUGGCAACGCCGUUCAUAUGCAAUACAAAUGAUAGAAGAAUCACUUAAACCUCCAGAAAAUCUUGUUCUAGUUCAACCAUAUUUAGAAUCAUUAUUGAGAGCUUUAUUAUCGUCGGAGAGGCAUGCAUCUGUUAGUGAAGAUAAAAAACGUGUUCUAAUGAAUUUGAUGUCACGGCUACCAUUAGAUAAUCUAGAAAAGCAAACAGUUCAAAUAUUAACAGGUAUUUGCCGUCAAGGAGGACCUGGAAGUAAUCGUGUAGCAAAACUUCUGAUGCAAAGAUUAUCACCAUCAGCUAUUGUUCUAAAAUUAUUAUCAAAUGAAUUUUUAUAUACGAGAAGUUCCAAGUUUCGUGAAAAUGCUUUACAAAUUGUAAUGUAUGCAUUAAUGACAUUUCCAAGUACAUCAUUUGAUACUUCCACUUGUGUUAUUGGAGCAACUUAUGCUGCUUUAGAUAAUAAAAAACGUGUCCGUCAAGCGGCAUUAGAUAUUUUAGCAAUAUUAGGACAAGUUUCAUCACCAAGAAUUGUAAUGGAAAUUGUACAACGUGUUACCGAUGUACAUAACAAUAGUAUCGAUAAAGGAAAAAUAGAUAAUCGAUUAAAUACUAUUGAUUUUAUGGCAGCAGUUAAAGCGAGACUUUCACGCAAACAAUUACCAAAUAUAACUUCUGAUGAUUGUGUUAUAUAUGCUUUAAGAGUUCCAUCACCCGGUUAUAUAAAUAAUCUUGAAAAUUCUCAAAAAAUGGCAGCUGAUGUUAGAUGGAUUGCAUCUGGAAUUGGUAGUGUUUCACCAACUUCAAUCAAAAAACGUUCACAAAAAGUCUUAAGACAACAACAUUAUCUACCAGAAACAUCUGGAAAUUUUAGGAAUAACAAUGAUCUUAUAUUUAAAAAAAAAGUUUAUGGAAAUUCAGGACCACAUGAAGUGCAAAACUAUGGAAUUGGAAAUGAUUAUAUUAAAAUCGAUGAAAGGAAUCAUCGAUAUAGAGAGAUGACAACUACAGGGAACAAAUAUUCAACUGAUUAUAGAGAUGAAGCAAUCGGAAACAACCCUAGAAGAAAUGUCUUUGUUCAAUCUUUUUCGGAUUCAUCACAAGACGAUAGAAGUUCUGAUAGUACAUUUUAUGCUUAUGAAAGCGGUUUCAAAAAUUCAAUGCAAUCAAGAUUUCCUUCAAUGGAAAAACAAGAUGCAAUUGUUAACACAAUGACUGAUAACUCAUAUGAAUCAACAUAUUCAUCGAAUUUUGGAAAACGAUCUCAAGUACCAAGAAGAUUUGCUAGUUUUGAGAAACUUAAUUCAAGAGGUGCUGGUGAAAAUAUAAAAAAGGCGCAAGAAUAUGCUGUCGAUAAAGCGAUAACACAAUUUGAAAGAAUACCAAAUGUAUUUGAAUAUUGUUAUAAUAAUAUAAAAUGUUGUCAAAAGUUAAAUUGUACAAAGGCUGAAAAAGAUGAUUUAGUAAAUAAUGAUGAUUUAAAAACAAAUAAUAAUGGAACACCCUUAAUACUUCUUGGAAAUUCUGAAGAAAUAAUCAAUAAACCACCUCAACAACCAUUUAUAAUUUCAAAUAAUGUUUACAAAAAUACAGCAGCAAUCGAUGAUUUAAAUACAAAUCAUGAAAAUCACAAUAUAAUUGAAACACAAAAAUCUCCAAAAAAUUCUAUUCAAAAAUUAAAUCCAGCAACUUUAACCCCAACAGCAACAAAAAAAUCACCAUCAAUAAGUACAAUUAGUCACGAAAUACCUAUAGCAGCGGUAUCACAAGAUAAUUUACAAAUUCUUAAUUUUGAAAACGAAGAAUACACCGAAGAAUCCAGUGAACUUUCAUCAGAUGAUAGAUUAAACAGUUCAGGGCAUUCCACCCCAACAAGAAUCCUAACUGAUCGAAUAACUCCUUUAAGCGUAAAAGAAUCACCAUAUAGAAUAACUGAAAAUGUUCAUAAAAAUGAUACAAUGCAACAAAGUGAAAAUAACAAAAGUAAUUCAGCAAAGAGUAAAGUUCAAUCGAGACCUCAGUCAUCAUAUUCAAAUAAAACUUUUAAAUCAGUUGUUGUAGAAGAAAAAAUUAAUAAAGUAGAUUCGAUGGAAUCUAUUAAUAAAAUUGAAAGUGAUAUCGAAAUUGAUAAUACUGAUGGCCCAAAUGGUGAUUUUGAAAUUUUUGAGAACAUUGAAAAUUUCGAUAGAAGUAUUACGCCUUUAAAAGAUUUAAAAUCCGAAGAGAACUCAUUUGAUGCAAAAAGUAUUGGAACAGAAUCACGAACCGAAACUGAACAAUUUUCUAUAGAAACUGUAAUAAUGACGAAUUUAAAAGAAGAUGAUGUUCAUACUCAUACAGUGGUAGAGAUAGAAAUGAAAGAGGUUGAAUUACAAUCCGAAAAUGAUCCCGAAAAGUUUUCAAUGAAUGAUAUUGAAGUAAAAACUGAACCGGCCAGCAUUCCCCCUUUAACUCCAAAAUCUUCAAAAUCUCCUUCUAACAUUAGACCAAAAUCACCAACUUACAGUCAUACAGAAUCAGAGCAAAAAGAUACGGAAAUUGAUAUAAGAAGUAGUACAAGUACUGAAACAAGUUCAGAUUAUCAACAGAGCACAGCAAGUGCUGAUUUUCUUUUAAAUCAUCAACAAAAUUUCUCACCAGUUAAAACAAUGAUGCGAAAAUCUAAAACUACUAUUUUCAGUCGAAAGAAUAGGCGUGUUUCUCCCGUUAAACAUUCUCUAAAACUUACAAGAAUGGAUGUGUACCCGCAAACUCUCAGUAAAUUUGAUAAACCAAAAGAAGCUUUAAGUCUAACAUUUCAUCAAUUAGAAUCACCAAAUUGGGAAAUUGUAAUGGAUGGAUUGGUAGAUAUUGUAAGAUUGAUAAGACAUCAUCCACAUAUUUUAGAGCCGCAUUGUCAUUUAGUUUGUAUGCAUUUAGCAAAAUCAGUUAAAAAUUUGCGUUCUCAAGUAAGCAGAGCGGCAUGUCAAGCUUCCACUGAAUAUUUUACUGUUCGUAAUAAAUUUAUAGAACAGGAAUGUGACGAUUUAGUUGGAAAUCUUUUACAUAGAACUGCAGAUACUAACAGAUUUUUAAGAGCAGAUGCAGGUCGUGCUUUAGAAUCAAUGUGUGAUAAUUUAACACCUCCAAAGGUUUUAAAUCUUUUGACAUUAAGAGGCGUAACACAUCAAAACGCUAUUGUUAAAACUGCAACAGCUAAAUUAUUAAAUCAUUUAGUUGACCGUGUAGGAUGUGAUAAGGUAUAUCAAAUGCCUCGAGAUCAAAAAGAAAAAAUUUUUGUUACUGCCUGUACUUUACUUAUGGAAGGUAGUUUGGAAACACGUGGCUAUGCUAAAACUUUAUUAAAAACAUUAUCAGAUCAUCCUUUAUACAACCGAUCAAUAUUGGAUUAUAUCCCUCCCAGAAUGUAUAGAAAUAUUGAAAAAUCACUAAAAAGUAUCAAACCAUUAUAAACCAU